AUGGCUUAUCACCAACUCGCGGAGCCAAAACGGGAGCCGGACGUCGAAGAUGAUUUCGACAGUGGACGCUUCACCGAGGUGACUAUCCCUGCAGAUAGAUACUCCUCUCCCGCGCCCAGUGAAUUACCUCGGAAGAAACCAUACCUAUCCUCUGGCAAAAAAAUCACCCGCUCCCGGGUCAGUAAAAGCUGUCUCACCUGCCGUCAGCGCAAGGUGAAAUGCGACACCGUUCACCCCAUAUGCGGAACUUGUGGGAAAACGAAGUCCGCAUGCCAUUACAGCUCAUCAUCCCUGACUGACCCCUCCCAGCUGUGGCGCAACACACAAGAUGACAGCCAUGGAAUUAAGCGACGGAGAGAGCUGAUAGAUCCCGUGAAUCUUGGUGGUGUUUCCGCGACUGAUGUGCUCUCUCCAUUCAGCAUUCUAAGGGAGAUCCAGCGGGGCCAAGAUGCCUUGCGCGAACAAUAUUCGGAUUCGCUGCCGAUAGUGGCUAGGUUGGAUCAACUUAUAGCGGUUGUUGAGCAGUGGGCUCGAACAAAUGAGCAUCAGUCUCUUGAGGAGCUCAAUAUAUCGAGACAAAAUCAAAAACAUGAUCCAUCAAACAACGGCGAUGCGGGUCCCAUUCUACUGCAUGCCUCAGAGUCGUGGAAACCUUCCCCAGACGCCUCGCCCCUAUCUGGUCCGUCGUCAAAAGUUCGGCUAGGUCAAACAGCCCAAGCUGAAACUAGUGGGAAUGAUGACUUCCCUAUUCCGAGUGGUUUGGAAACAGAUCUCGUAGACCCCGUUGGAUCGUUGAACUUGGGACAUCUUAGUCUCGAAGACGGAGGAAAAUCAAGAUACGUUGGAACCACCUAUUGGGCGUAUAUUUCGCGAGAGAUAACGGAACCUGAUCGGCUUCUUCACCACCAAUCACGACCUCACGGGCGAUCACCCACUCCUAGCGAUGGAUAUUCGUCAGUCGAUGAGGAUCAAUUCCAGGAUCCAACCUUGUCAACCAACAGUCAUCGGACGAAGCUAUCGCACCGUGCCCGCAAUGACUCGUUCCAUAGAUCAGUCCCGGUUUCCACGGGUGAUUCGUCUGCGUCGCAGGAUAACUCAAUUGAAUCAUGUAUGCUAGAGAAUGUCCCUACUAGAGCACAAAGCCGCAUCUUAUAUAAAGGCUUUAUGUCUGGGGUGCAUGCGAUUAUCCCCGUGAUGCAUUCUCCUUCGAUUCUCGAGAAAUAUCAUGCGUUCUGGGAUUGGUACGAAAAUAUGGGACAAUCCGGGGAACCAUGCCCUGACCCAUCAUUCAUCCCCCUCUUAUAUGCCAUCUGGUACGGUGGUUCCGUCACAAUAUCUCUGCGGAUAAUCCGCGACGAAUUCGACAUCGAAAGUCGUGCGGCAUUAUCAACCCCUUUCCACGAUGAAGUGACCCGCUGGCUGCGCAAAAUAUCAUUCCCCAGAAAUUCCUCAAUACAUGGUCUCAUGGCAUUUCUUCUUGUGCAAACCAUCUUAUCCAGAGAGGAGGAGCCCCUGGCUAGCAGCCUGUUCAUUAGUCUGGCUCUUCGCGUUGCGCAAUCUAUGGGACUGCACCGUGAUCCGGCGCAGCGGUCUCCUCCACUCGUCAGUGAUGAAAAUUACUGGGACGUGCGCGAUACAAGCGAGGUGAAAGACACCCUUUUAGGUUCGACUAAUGCUGACGAGUAUGAGCGCUUGGUUAAUGCCAACGAACGGAAACCGGACCGACCGAGCGAUCCGACCAUAUGUGGUGGUGCAUUCAUGGUUAACCUUGGAACCAAGCCAGUUACCCGAAAGGACAUGGAAGUUUUACAGACGAUCCUCAUUGAACUUCAAUCCAAAUUGUAUACAAUAGUUGAUAGGAUUCCCGUAGUGAAAUCAGUGAGGCCUUUAAGUUGCGAUGGACACAGCUACCAAUCGGCUCCGUCAUGCUCCUCGUCAUCUGCAGCCAUAGGGUCGGUCAAAUGUAGUCCAUCGAGCGUUGGCCCCAGUUGUUUAGAGCAAUAUCAUUCGCCCGUAUUAGUUGCUUUUCACAAGUGGGCUAGAAUAUCACUUUCUUUAUUUGUUGACAAGGCAUUCUGUGUUGCGUAUCAGCCUUUUUUGAAAAAUGCCAAAAGCAAGAUAUGGCCUGUUGCUCGUCAGCGUGCUCUUCGCCAUUGCCAUGGAUUUAUGGAGAAAUUCAUUCUUCUGGCCACCGAUCCGGAUUUCCAACCGUUCCAAUGGAGCUGGCCUGGAUUAGUUCUAAUAACCUUGCUCAGCAGGAUCAUGCUGAUCGACCUCUACGAACGCCCGCAGACUGUAGAAGCCGCCAAAUUCCGUGCCUUUAUCGAUAAAAUAUUCUCUCUCUCCGGUCCUGACGGCGGAGUCGUUGGCGGCGAGGACGGUAUCUCGACGUCUCGACCUCUUAGAGACGGCGGUCGUGAAGCCUGGGACAUGAUGCGACGCCUGCGAGAGAAAGCCUGGUUGAAAGCGGGGCUUGAUCCGAGCGUGCUAUGGACAGAGAAAGCCCAAGCUGAAGCUCAACGCCCAAUCACGAAACGUGCAUCUGCUCAACUCCCCAGGGAACGUUUGGGAUCAACGGUUGAAAGCUUCGCGGAUAGCUAUUACACCCUUAUUAAGGAACCGUAUGAUUAUAAUAGCAAUACUAAUCAAUCAUCUGAACGGGAACGGGAACGAAUACCGGGUGGGAAAGGAAAUCGACAGAAAACGGGUUCUCUACACGGGGGUCAUCCCUAUUCCCAAUCCCAACACAUCUUCUUCUCCACCGAUCAGCACGCGAUAGCUACGUUUCUGCCAACACAGCCUCAGUGGCCCUAUUCCCCGCCAGCACACCCACAAACGAAUGAUAUCAACAGUCAAUCAUGGCCAUCUUCCUCACCCUUCUCUUCUGCUUGUAUCAACGACUCAUCUCCAUAUCAGCUGCCUCCGACUCUCAGCAGCCAUACUGCUAGCCCACCCGGCCACCCAAGCACCAACACCACCACCAACAAUCCCGCAACCCAGGCCCUGAAUUUCCCCCCUUUCACAUCACCAGAAGUCGCCCCGGUAUCUGACAUCCUCAUCCCUGUCUCCACGCCAUCCGAUAUCAACCUUGAUAUCCAACCACAUCAACUUCCCAAUCCCUCCGCACCUACCUCAUCCCUGAGAUUUUCUAACCUCAUCUCUAGCCCGCCGAUAGAACACCACAAUCUCCAAUUCGACUGGGACCAGUGGGAUGCAGUCUUUGGGCCGUCGUUACCCGUUGUCGAUGGCUUUACGCAUUUUGAUACUGUUGAUGUAGGCGGGGCGGGAACGGGGGAAAAUGUUGGGAUUGGUGGUGGUGGUAAUAAUGAAAAUACUACGAUGAGGGCAGGGUCACGGGUUUUCAUAGAUGAGAAAGGUUGA